UCACUCCUUCCUGGGGUCCGGGACGCCUAGCCGGGCGUGGGGGGAAGCUCCGCUUGCGGGGUACAGGGAGGGAGGAGCCUGGAACCGGAGCCAGCGCCAGCCGUCGCCGGAUCGACAAGACAGGACAGGUUGAGGGGCGUCGGGGAAGAAAGAGGGGGUGCUAUAGGCAGUCCCGGGGAGGACCAGGAAGCUCUGUCGCAGAAAGCUCCGAUGCGCUCUUGGCUUACAGGGGGUCUGCUCACAUUUGGGGACCCGUGACAACGUGGGUGCACUCCUCUCUCGGGGGGCUGGUUGGAUUGGAGGGCGUGGGAUCUAAACAGCACCAGCUGUCCCCGAGGAAAUUAAGGGGCUGCCAGAAAAAAAAGGAAAACCAAAAACCUAUGCUCCUUAUUCCGAGGUGACAGAGGGCCCUUCAGACAACCACCUGGUGUAACCACUAGGAAGGGCGGAUUUGGAGGUGACUUCAAAAGGAGUGGAGGGUAACAAGGUGAGGAAAGGGGCUCAGCAGCUGGAACGCUGUGCCACUAGAAAUGGGGGUGACUUGGUGAGAAAUGGUUUUGUCCAGAGACAGGGCCUGGGAACCUCUUCACUGAACAGGGACAGUCUGGAUAUUUCCAGAUAUAGUUUUGGGGGAUUCCAGUGGGGGGAAAAAAAGUGGGGGAUUCUGCACUUCGUGGGUGGCAAAGGAAAAGACACCCGAGGUUGGGUUCUUCCCUGACAUUGGCAGCACCCCAGCAGGAGUGAGGCGAGCUAAUACCCCCCAAACUAAGGACCCACACACUUAAGAUUGCAAGAGUGGAUCUGGCUGGAGUGCAGGGCCUGAAACAGGGUGGGAAGGUGCCUGGGAAUACUGAAACCAUAGCUUGGAAAAUUUGAGGGUCUUGGCUUUGGGACAGGGGAAGUGGGGGACAGGGACACUGGAGAUCAGGGAAAGGAGGAGUGUUCAGAAGGGGGGCCAAAGUUGAGGGUGGGGUCCACUGAGAGGUGCAGAGGCUGCAGGGUCUGGCAGGCGGAGCUAGCGCCGGGCCCAAGGGUGGGAGCUGGUGCCAGGGGUGAGGGUCGUCUAGGGCUUAUCCUCAGGUCCUCUGGGUGGGGCGGUGAGUCGGGACCGGAGCGUCAGGAGCAUGUCCUGGUGAGCGAGCGGGCUUCUCUGGAGGAGCCCAGCGCGCUCCGGACGCCCGCCGGUUUGGGGGUGUCUUCUCCCGGGGCGCCAUGGCGGCGCUGGCCAGUAGCCUGAUCCGGCAGAAGCGGGAGGUCCGCGAGCCCGGGGGCAGCCGGCCCGUGUCGGCGCAGCGGCGCGUGUGUCCCCGCGGCACCAAGUCCCUUUGCCAGAAGCAGCUCCUCAUCCUGCUGUCCAAGGUGCGACUGUGCGGGGGGCGGCCCGCGCGGCCGGACCGCGGCCCGGAGCCUCAGCUCAAAGGCAUCGUCACCAAACUGUUCUGCCGCCAGGGGUUCUACCUCCAGGCGAAUCCCGACGGGAGCAUCCAGGGCACCCCAGAGGACACCAGCUCUUUCACCCACUUCAACUUGAUCCCCGUGGGGCUCCGUGUGGUCACCAUUCAGAGUGCCAAGCUGGGUCACUACAUGGCCAUGAAUGCUGAGGGGCUUCUCUACAGCUCGCCACAUUUCACAGCUGAGUGUCGCUUUAAGGAGUGCGUCUUUGAGAAUUACUAUGUCCUGUACGCCUCUGCUCUCUACCGCCAGCGCCGUUCUGGCCGGGCCUGGUACCUGGGCCUGGACAAAGAGGGCCGAGUCAUGAAAGGCAAUCGAGUCAAGAAGACCAAGGCAGCCGCCCACUUUGUGCCCAAGCUCCUGGAAGUGGCCAUGUACCGGGAGCCUUCUCUCCACAGUGUCCCUGAGACCUCCCCUUCCAGUCCCCCUGCCCCCUGAAAUGUAGUCCCUGGACUGGAGGCUCCCUGCACUCACACUGAGCCAGCCAGCCACCACCCCAGCCCUGCUCCUGGCCCUGCUCUCACCCCUGCUGCCACACUCAUGCCCUCAGCAGCCAGGUUCCACCAGGUGCUCUAAUCUGAGGGAGCCCAGGGGCUGGCUCUGACUUCCGGAGCCGCCAAGACUCUUAGAUCCUGGGAUCUGGGAGGGGGGGGUGGCUCAGAGAGGGGAUUGUCUGAAAAUGGUCCUGGCUGAUCCCUUCUUUCCUUCCACACCCACACCAUCCAAAGCCUUCCCCCAAGAUGGCACUGGGGGUUCCCAAACUGACAGAACCAGGGCAUAAAUCCUCCCCACUGUGGGCUUGGCCACUUCCUGGAGCCCUUUGCCCGUUCCAUUGCUACUGAGCCAUAGAUUUUUAGGUCCACUGGAGCUCAGGAUUCCUUUCCUUCUUUCCCUACUCCACCUUCUGCCUUGUUCUGGACCGGUUCUGGAACAUUCAGGCUCCCCAGCCAGGGCCAUUUCUGCACUCAGGCUCUGUGCUGGAACACAGGCAUGCUGCCAGGCUCUGUUCUGGAUCCAUCAUGCUUCUAUCCUUGACCCAGAUGGACCCCUGGUUUCCAAGUAGAGAGAGGUUGGAUUUAAGCCCUGUCCAGCUGUUGGCCUUGGCCUGCGCUGGGACCAGUCUCAGAUCACCAUAGGUUUAACUUUCUUAUCCCAGAGACACCCAAUUCCAGAGCAUGUGUUCUAGACACAUAUGGAGCCAUACUUCCUUCUGUCUCAGCUCUAGGACAUAGACCACGACUCUCAGCCCUUCCCGCUGUGAUGGAACUGAGGCCUCUAUAGCCAUGUUAUUGCUUUAAAAUAAGUUCUAGGCCCACCCUCUCCCCUUUUCUAGUGAUGCCUGUUAAGGAUGAGCUCUGGAAAGGACCCAGCUAUGAUUCACAAAGAACGAAGUUCUGGAUAAAUCAAGAACCAUCUCUUGUUUUUCCUAGAUAAUUUUUUAAAAAUCUUCUUCUUCCUCUAGAAUGCUAACCUUAUUUUUACAUGCAGUUUCUAGCUCCUGCAACUCAGCUGGGGUCCUGCCAGGGAGACAGAGUCUGAGGAAGGGCAGAGGAGUUUUGGAAGGAAUCCCUGGCUCACAGUAGGGAAGCUAGGAUGGGGAAGGGGCCAGAACCAUGCAUGAUUGGACCUGUGCCUGGGUUAUGGGGAUGUGAACACUUAGCUACCUCAGCAGGAAUUCCUUCCAGGUCCCUUUUAAAGCUGAGGUCUUUAGGGUAACUGGUCUAGAAUAAAAAAAGACAAAUGAGGAGUUCCCGUUGUGGUCCAGUGGUUAACGAACCCGACUAGUAACCAUGAGGUUGCGGGUUCGAUCCCUGGCCUUGCUCAGUGGGUUAAGGAUCCGGCAUUGCCCUGAGCUGUGGUGUGGGUCGUAGACACGGCAUGGAUCACGGAUCCUGUGUUGCUGUGGCUCUGGUGUAGACCGACAGCUACAGCUCCAAUUCGACCCCUAGCCUGGGAACCUCCAUAUGCCAUGGGUGCAGCCCUCAAAAGACAAAAGA